AUUGAUUUAUUUAUUUAUUUGUAUGAUCUUCGGUUAUGGCGUCUAAAAUUCUAUUUCUUCUUCAAUUAUUAUUGUGAAAAUAUACAUUACGUUUAUCUAAUUAUCAAUGGCAGUGCAGUUACUAACAGUGUCGGCAAUGGAAAACCAUGACGUUUCUGUGAUUAAUUUGCAUCCUAUGCAAAUGCACCAACCGCCUCCUAAUCACCAAAUAGUAAACACAGUACAAAAUCAAAUUCCUCAGAAUACCGUUCAGCAAAAUACACAAUCUACUGUUUGUGGCACAGAGCAUCCUCAAAUCGAGCAAAAACAAAAACUUAACAAGAAGAGAAAAGAAACUAUAGACGGCCAAGCACGAGAAAUAAUAUUUAAAGUCAUUAAGUUCUUUGAAAGUGAGAAACAGAACAGAGGUUAUGCUUUUCCUGUUGAGAAUGUUGUUAAGAGGGCGUGUGCUGCGACUGGCCUUUCCGAGAGUACAAUAAAGAGAAUUAAACGUGAAGGACUCCAAGCAGAAGCAACACACACUAAAAUGGCAGGUCCAAAAAAGAAACGCGUCCGAAAAACGAAAGUUCAACUCGACUAUUACAAACUAUGUGCAUUACGGGGCAUUGUGAAUAGUUAUUCAAAUCGGAAAGAAGUUCCUACGCUCGGGAAGAUAUUAGCAGCUGCCAAACAUGAGUUAGACUAUCAAGGAGGUAAGGAAUCACUGCGGCUUAUUCUGCUAAAUAAAUUAGGUAUUAAGUUCAAAAAGUGUGAGAAAAAGAUCAAGAAGCCUCCUGAAGAGGAGGUACAGCAACAGUAUCAUCAUCCGCAGCAAAUUAUGACACAUAUACCCAUGGACCAUAUGAAGACAGAAGCACACUGUAUUUAUUCUAACAUGAUGCCCCAGGUACCUCCAGUGUCUUAUUAAAAGUAUCGGAUAUUCGAAUGAGUUAAUUUUACACGUAUUUUGUAACAAAACAGUGACGCAAGUGAUGUAUUUUUUUAUUGAAUAUCAUCACAGUGAAUGUUAAUAUUUAGCAGUUUGGAGAUGUAAAUACAUCUCGCAACAGUUUUAAAAUACCAAAAAAGAAAUGUAGGAUUAUGCAGUCAAGUGAUUAUAAUAUUCAUUCAGUUUUGUUUUUGUACCGGAAUAUGAAGUAUUACAGUAUUCAAUUAAUUCUUGUUAAGAUUAUAGACAUAUAGCAUAUUAAUCUUAUUAAUUAUAUAUUUAGGAAUCCUCCUGUCGAUGGGGAGUGAGAUGGCAUAUCGCCAGUAGCUAGAAAUUGAUGAAUUAAAUUGUAAAAAAGGGGUAUGAGUAAGUACAUAAAAUAUUGGCACACAUGCAGCGGCCUGUCAAUGCGUAUUAUUUUAUGUAUAUUAAUAGAUUGCUUGUAAUUAGAAUGAUAUGAGAGAAUGUAUAUGAAAGAUCUUACAGGUGGCUCCUUUGCACUGGAUGCCGGCUAGAUUAUGGGGACCACAACGGCACCUAUUUCUGCUCUGAAGCAGUAAUGUGUAAACAUUACUGUGUUUCGGUCUGAAGGGCGCCAUUGAGAAGGUGAAAUUACUGGGCAAAUGAGACUUAAAAUGUUAUAUCUCAAGGUGACGAGUGCAGUUGUAGUGCCAUUCAGAAUUUAUAGGAUUUUUCAAGAAUCAUGAGCGGCACUGUAAUGGGCAGGGUGUAUCAAUUACCAUCAGCUGAACGUCCUGCUCGUCUUGUCGCUUAUUUUCUUAAAAAAAAAUCUAAUGGCAAAGGGCACUUGCCAAUUUUGAAAGAUUAAUGGUGGGUCAAAUAGGCAAGUGACUCAAGUUAUGGAAUGUGAAAGCAAACAAAGACAGAGGUCAAGAAAUGUGUUGCCGUUGCUUGAAGUCUUUUAAAGAUUUUUCUACGAACUCUCAUGAGAUUUGCUUUGAGUGUAAAUAGAUAAGUGCAUUGGCACUGAUAUUAUUUUCUUCAUCAUCAUCAGCCGGAAGACGUCCACUGCUGGUCAAAGGCCUUCUCAAAGAUUUGCACAACAAUAGGUCCUGUGCUGCCCUUAUCCAACAUUUUACAGAGGUCUUGACCAGAUUGUCGGUCCAUCUUAUGAGGGGCCUACCAACACUGUGUCUUCCGGUAAUUAUUAUUAUUUUUCUUUCUUAUCAUAACAGAAUUAACAAAACUAACUAGUGUAAUCUUAAAUUUAUAACAGCGCUAGCAACCUGUAAAAUUGUUGAAACAAAACAAUGAUUACAAUAUGAUACAGCACAAUAUGUUAUAAAUCUUCGAGGUUCUGGUUGUCAAUGUCACAUAUUACAGAGUAUUAAUUAUAAAAAUCUGGACGACCGAGCCUUGCUCGGAUUUUUAAGAAUGUACAAAACUUGAACAAAAAAAAAACUAAUAGGACAUCUGGAUUCGAACCGGGGUCUUCUGCUUUCCGGAUCACCCAAUGUCUGAUCAAUCCAAUCUGAGCUAUAAUAGUCUUGUAUAUAGUGGCGAAAUUUACCUUUGUAUUCUAAUGUUAUUGUAGCUGUUUCUCAUUCAAACAUGGAUAAAACCAUUUUUUUUAAUUGAAAUUGAAACCUAGCUAGACCGAUUUAUCACCCCCGAAAUCCCCUGCAUACUUAAUUUUAUGAAAAUCGUUGGAGCCGUUUCCGAGAUUCAGAUUAUAUAUAUACAAGAAUUGCUCGUUUAAAGAUAUAAGAUAAGAAUAAUAAGUUCAGACAAAAAAAAAUUGAAUUUAAUUGACAAUUAAAAACUGUUAUUAUUCAAAAUAUUAAUAAAUAGGUUUUGAUUUUUGAAGCCUAAGAAUUACACUAAAAUAGCUUUUAAGCAGUUUUUUGGGUUCAUGGCAGCCCCUUAAAAACGAAUUAAGUUAUAUUUACUUAAGAUGAUAACUAUUUUAAAAUACACAUUGUUUUAAAAGUGAGCUGUACUUUUUACGAACAUCAGUUGCAUGUUCGAGUCAGUAAUUGAAAUCACUAAAAUAUUAUCAAUGAUGAUUCUAAAACACUUUAGAAAUAAUUAAAACAAAGACUAUAAAUUUUAUUGAAAUGAAAUUUCAUUUAAAGAACAGAGGGCCCCUCUAGGGAGUCUCUUGCACCCUAAAAUAAGAAUUUAAAAAUCAACAACCUAAUUAUUUAUCCUCAUAAAAAUACCAUAUCACUAUUAUUACUUAUAAGAAAAAGUGAUAAGGAAUUCACUUGAUGAUAAAUGGCACUCAUAGUUAUGAGCGGUGUUACAAUCACAUUCGUCACUCUGAGGUAUGCCUCAUUAGCCCUUUAACUUCACUAGCUGCAUCUGUUCCCGGCAUAAACAUUUGCUAAUUUUUGUUCAGACAACUAGAAAAUAAUAAACUAUAUGUUUAUCUAUAAGUAUUUGAUUUCAUUACCGACAUUUUAAAAUUAAUUGACAUUUUGAAAAUGCACAUAUUUGAUCAUUUUAUAAAAUAUAUCUCUAGUGCCACGGACUAGUAAAAAAAUAAGGACUCCGUGUGACCUUAUAUAACAGUGUAGCACCAAAACAAGCCGAUUAACGUGUAAAUACAUAGCCCCACGCACACACACUACUACAGGCCGAUAGGCGGCCAUUAUGAUAAUUGUCAUUGUCUAUGACAGAUCAGUUUGCUUCUCAGUAGAAUAUUUUAAAAAUGCCAUCGUGCAUUGUGAAAAAGUGUAAAAACGAUACUAUAUAAGUAUUUGUGGCCACAUAUGAUUAUUUAAGGGAGAAAAAUUUGUGUAACUAGUAUCCCCUGUAACCGCACACACACUAGCAUAAAGGUGCUUCACUUGCUAAUAUCACGGCAUGGAGUCCUUCUUUUUUUACUCGUCCGUGCUUUAGUGCUUGUGUCCGCAGAUGUGAAAUGCAUUGUAUAUUGUACAUAAAAAGCCUUUUAAAUACUUUAUGUUAGAAUUAUUCGCUUGUUUGCUAUAUAUUAUUUACACAAAUGGCAAGAAAUUACACUUAAGUUAAAAUAUUGUUGUAUAUAUAUAUAUAUCAGUAUCAAUUACUUGUAUUCAAUAAAUUAUAAAUAGAUAUUAUGGUAAAUAUUGAAAUUUUAAUUGAUUUUAGUGAAUGACAAUGUAAGGAUAGUAUUAGAUGAUGCACCGAAUAUGUAGCAAUAACGAACUAUUUUUAAUUGUGAUGUUACUUGGAGUAUUUAACCAAUUGAAGCACCAUUGAUGAGCGUAUAAAUUAAAAAUGUAUCAUAAACAUGUCUGUAUGAUUGCAAUUGAAACUCGCGUCCUUUAUGAAUUGUACUUAUUUUUAAAUGCAUAUUACUGAAGAAAGAAUUGCAAAUUAGAUGAGGACAAUAAUUUUUCCUCUCAAUUUUGGAGGGAUCUUCCCCUGUAUUUUACAUUAAUUACUAAACACUUUCUCAAUAUUCAGUCUAUCUCUUACUUGAGAUAAUAAUAGUAACUAUCGUUGACUUUUCUGUCCCAAUAAACUUUUCGACGGUAACUCACUUUAUCCGUACACGCUGUCUGUCAAUGGGAGGACGUAUAGCUUACCAGCGAUAGAAGUUUGUAUGGAAAUUGCAAUUCACGCGUCCCUAUUAAGGCGAUAAGAAUGACUUAUCGGGUAUAUUAGGACAGCCUCAGAUUAUUGACAGUUAAUUACUGACUGUAGACGGUACGGUAUUGGGAACGGCCGCAAUCUGUGACUUUUUUGUUCCACUUCUGCUUCCCUGAACUCAUAUGCCAAGCCAAUUUCCAUUUUAGAUUCCUGAUAUUUGUUCCUAUAUGUCGAACCUUUGUGCUUUUUCCUUAUGUAUUCUAGUUUGCCUUAUUCUUUUUUCUGGAUCCUGAUCUGAUGGAUGGAAAUAAACUCGUUCCUUUAAGCCUGUGUCUAUUGCAUGAUGUAAUAAUAAGUUUUAAGUGCUAGCACGCACUGCGAAUUUUAUUCGUGCGAUUUCUCUCGCAAAAUUCUGCAUGCAAUUGUAUGAAGCUGCACGCUCUUGCGGAAAAAAAAUCCGCGCGAAGUUUUUACCUCAAACAAUCCGCGGUGUGGAUCUUUUUCGUGGGCUUGACCGCUCAGUCGCGUAUUGCUUAUGAGAUUAGGAUGUCGUGCUCUUCGCCUGUUGUCUUCAAACUAAUUAUUAUAUAAAUGACAUGAUGAUAAGAACACACACACGCACAUAUUGAAUUUUGAAAGAAACCAUUCCAAUUUUUACUAUAUUUCAUUAUAGCUAUAUGUGUACACUGUAUUGGAUCAAGGGGAUCACUUAGAUGUAGAUUUUAAAAUUAUGACAAUUGACACGGACGGUUGACUCAGUUGGAAGAGCUCUUGCACGUUCCCUAGAAGUGCAGGUUCGAAUCCUAAACUGUCAAUAAAUUUUAGUACAAAUUAAUAAUUAGUAUCACAUUAAAUUGACUAUUAUUUGCGCGAUCACAAUAUAUUCUAAAUAUAUAUCUACCAAUCAUCAUCAAAAUCGGUCAAACCGUAUUUGAGUUAAAGUCACAAAUACAGACAAAAAUUAACAAAAUGAUUGUGUGGUUUUAUGAAACCACGGUAAAAGUGAAACUUUUUUCACAUAAUAGACAUUUAACUAAAAAUUUUUGGAAUAAUAUUCCAUUAAGGGUAUAAAAAUCGCUUUAUCAAUCUUAAUUGGAAAAUUGGAAUGAUAAUGGGAAAUAAUAAAAGUAGACUAUGUCUCCAACUAAAUCAGUAAUAGUCUAUACACUACACGGUCAGCUGCUGCGAACUAUAGGCGCCGCCCGACCGUCACGCGACAUGCAACACACAGACGAAAAAGUUUGAGACUAUGCAAUAAAAGUUUCACUUUAAUAAUUUUUGAUAGGAACUGUAGAUUCGCAUCGGUGAGUAGUAAAACUUAUUUUUCAUAAAGUUAAUACUAAAUAUGUACAGAAAGUGCCUACAGAUUUAUUAUACAGAAUAUAUUAUUUAGAUAGAUUACUACUAUGAAAAAUCCUAUUCGUCUGCCCAAUUUAAUUUAAUUGUUAUUUUUGUCGUCGACAUAAGACGUAUGAGUUGUAGGUGCGAGAUAAACUCCGACAGUUAAAAAAAAACCGUAUUUAACUUUUAAUCUUCCUUAAUUUUUUAGCCGUUCCUUCAGCCGUUUCAGUACCCUUUUGAAACUAAAAAAAACAUGCCACCGUUUACAGAAUACUGAAGUAUUAGUAGGAUUAGUAUUACCUUUCUUUUGUUUUAGCUGCUCUUGUACAUACAUUGGCUUUUUCUUUGGUUUUUCUAAUACAUUUUGUUUUAAUUGUAUCUUCUGGAUUAGACUCAUUUGACGCAGAUCAGAGGGCCUACCAUCAACUUUUAAUUAGCGAUGCAAUUCCGAUGCAGUUCAGUUUAGGUACAAGUUAAAAAACAAAAAGUCCAAUAAAGUAUUCUCAUCUCAUGUUUCAUCGAUAAAAUUUUCCUUUUCUGUAUCAUUUCGUUAUUUUUUAAAAGUUAUUAACAACACGUAUCACUUUCCUCUAAGGAAUUAGGAACUUUUUUCAAAUCGCUCACUUUGACACAUAAGUUUGCGAUUAAAUUUCUUGAUUUUACGUCAACCUAAAAUGGAUAGCUCUAAUGAUGUCGUGGUACGAAAUAGCAAUGCAGUUCAUUUUAGGUUGUCAAUUGAAUCGCAAUAAGAGUUCAUGCAUCAGAAUCGCAUCGCUAGUUAAAAGUUGAUGGUAGGCCUUCUGUUCAAAAGUGAACACUCGGGAUUUUGCUCAGUGCAUAUACACAUAAUUUUGGUUAAAUACUCCAAGCUAUCUUAUAAUCUUAUGAAAUACGAAUAAUGUUCAUAUUAUAGAAUAAGGAAUGCUUAUAACAGUAUAAUAAAUGAUAAUGAUUUCGACGGUAAUAUAUUAUUCAUAGACAAGAUGUAAAAGAAGUAACACUACACCAUUAUAGAAAAUAUCUUCUUCGGUCCGGCCCGAAAUGUUGACAAUCCCAAAAAAAAAGUGUGUGUGUACUUAUAUAAGUAUGCACGCAAGAUGUUAUACUUCUUUGGCCUAACAAAGCAAAAAUCCUUUAAAUCUUGCAACGAUGGCUUUGACAAUUAAUUAUUAAAUAACGAACACGGCUGUACGGCUCUAAUAAUGUUAUUAGAAACCAAAAAAAAAUAACGAAUGUCGCAAACGUCAGAAAAUUUUAGGAACCAACUUCACCCUGUUACUUUUAAAAUUUCACUCUCAUCAUUCUUUCAUAACGCGCCAAAAGAAGUAUAACUUCAAAAAGCUUGUACAAUCACAUUUAAAACCGGCAUAUGGUAUUACUAUCUGGACCCAUAAGUAGACUUGUUUGUACUCAUAUUACAAUCUCUGUUACGGCAACUAAAGACGUAAUUGAGUAAAAGUAAAUUAUAUGUAUUAAACGUUUUUGUAAUUUGAUACAUCUGUGACGGUCACUCCCAAUAUUCAGUCUAUCUCUUACUUGAGAUAAAAAUCGUAACUAUCGUUGACUCUUCUGUCCCAAUAAACUUAUCGACGGUAACUUACCGGCAAUAGAAGUUUGCUUGGAAAUUUCAAUUUACGCGUCCCAAUAUAAGGCGGUAAAAAUGACUUAUCGGGUAUAUUGGCAGUAUACAGCUUCAGAUUAUUGACAGCCAAUUACUGACAGUAGAAGAUAGUAAUUUAUAUCUACCUGUAGAUAGUAUAUUGGGAACGGCCGUUAGACAAUUCAUACGUCAAAGACUCUAAUAGAGCCUUUUACUACUAGACAACCGAUGAGAACAGGCCAGGUUUAUUACUUUAGUGUGCAUGACAAGCUACGUCCUACACUCGCGAUUUGUAUGUCACUUUGUGUUAGUGUGGGUGUAUUGUUCAAAAUAGAGUUUAACCGUGAACCUCAAUUUUUUUCGACUCUUUCGUAGCUGCCACAGUCUAUUUUGACGUAUGUAUGAUCAAAGAUGGAACUAUUAUUAUUAAUAUGCAACUAUGUUUUUUUUGCAAACCGUACUUUUCAAGUGACAUUUGACAGAUGGAGGUUAUUGACGUUCCUAUUGUCAUAUAUUUUUUUUUAUUUAGUGGCACGGGAUGCAAGUCCAUAGGCCUGUCAUAUUUUUGGUCUUCUUGUAUUGCCAAUAUUUAAAAUUACCGUUACCUCUAUUAAAAUUGCGCUUGUCAAUGGUAUGUUUAUGCUUUGGUUAUGUUAUUGUAGAUUUCAAAUAAGGCUGAGUAGACUAUAUUCUAUUGUGUGAUGUAUUGUAAUUAUUUUUGAUUGAAUAAAUUAAUUUGUCGAAUUGUUCAAUAUCAA